AUGGAUCACCUACGGCGCGAAUACAACUCGGACAGAGGCGCUAAGAAGCAAAGCUAUGCGUUGACAAUAACGGGCACGUUGGGGAUCAUGGCUGGCACUUUCAUUUGCGCAGCAAUAGUUGAGGCAGGCACAAAGGAAGAAGUCUGGCGGGCUGCAGAUCCAGAGGCCAUGCCUAUCCAUGUCAUGUGGCUACAAAGAGGGAAGAAUGUUGGCGAUCAAGCGUUCGAUUCCUAUGCCAUUUACGGUACGAAGGGAGAGCAAAAGAUACGCGUCUCGCGGAAAUCCAACAAUACCACGCAUCUCGAGCUUUGGACUCUGGUCGGAUCAUCGUUGACGGUCGUCAAUAGCUUUGUUGCCGAGGCCGACCAGCUUUCCAACGCAAUAGAAACGAUUUUGAACCACUUGUACCGACCCAAUGGCGAUGUUGUCAUCAAAACGUUUCUCCAAAAUCAAGAAAAGUUUGAAUUGACGCUGGGUGUGUCUGUCUCUAAGGAGGGCAGCUGUGGCCCGACAGCCGGUGACGUGGGCGUCUCAUUCACAAGGAAACGGUCAGAUGACACGUGGACACCCUGGAAGGCGGACAACGAAAAGAUUAGGGCGGUGCUAUCGCUCUGGCUAUCAUACUUUAGCCAGCCGGGAAGCUCAGCACAGCAGGAGAAGAAGAACCUGUGGGUCAUUGGCCCCGACGACGAUUUGACUGAUAUUCUCUACGACUGGUGGAUUUAUCGCGGGACAGAAAAGCGGCGGCAGGACAGUUUCGAGUUGGAUCCCCGGCUCAGAUCCGUCGUUGGUGACCGCGUAUUUGAUUUACGGUGCAGGCCGGACGUGAUGGGACGAGUCGACGGCAGCACGGGCCAGAUCAGCAUUCUGACCAGUGACAGCCUACCCAGAGCGUGCAGCCAGUACCUCUUGGGCUGUUUUCUAAAGUCCGUCAUCGGAUGUGUGGAGAAACUGAACGGGAAGACGAGCGUGGCACCAGGUGUGACCUCGGGCGAAAUCCAUCUGAUGAACGACUCGGUCCAAUUACUGGCCGAGACGUUGCAUCAAGGCGGUGGCGGUAUAGUUUCGUUAGAGGAUGCACACAGACUGUUGGUGCCUUCACUGAGUGACGCCGGCCUUCUCCCGGAUGCCCUCGACGUUCUGGAGGAUAAAAAGGCGAAGCUGCAGAGCGAACAGGACCGUUGGGCCGGGACGGGGGCAACGUUCAGGAAGCUGAUCGACACGUUUUCCGAUGCCUUGGGGCCCUAUGCGCCAGAGACGGCGCGCGCGACUGACGCUAUGCAGGCAUUUGCCGCAGACUUUAUAGACUGGAGAACGACAGCGUCGGCCAGGCAGAAGGACCGCCUCCGAAGUCUCGACGAGCUGUUCUGGCUGCACGCGGCAUCGAGACACGGCUUGAUCGGACAGGUGCUCCAGGGAGUCUUGGACGGACUGGGCGUGGACACGUGGGACGAUGAGCACGAGACGCCCAUCAGCCUUGUCGAUCAAGCACGGACACCUGGACAUCACUCGGCUGGUCAUGUUCUUUGGUGCGCCCGUGGACCACCAGCUGGUCUCAUGGCGAUCGAGCAUAUGGGCCAGACUCUGCAGGCGGAGGCCAACCAGAUGAUCCUGCGGCUGUUGCUGCUCAAUUUCCGGGACGAGGACAAUGUGUUGCUGGAGGCCUGCAUGACCGGACACGGAAACACGGCCUUUCUGAUCGACAUUCUGCUCGAGUCGGGCAUCGACGCAACGGCGAAGAACAAGGACGGGCUGACGCCGGUGCAUAUCGCCUCGAAUCGGGGCAAGGAGCGGGUUGUCCAGGCCCUUCUGGAGAAGAAAGUCGAUCUGGAAGCACAGACGCCUUUGAAACAAACAGCUCUGCAUCUGGCCGUGCUGGGGCGACACGAGUCUGUCGUCGGCCUUGUCCUGCACGCGGGCUCAAGCAAGGACGCUCGGGACAGCAAGAAGAGGACGUGUCUGCAUCUGGCCGCAGAAGAGGGGCAGCUGGACAUGGCCAGGCUGCUGGUGAAGCACGGGUUCGACGUCAAUGCCCGAGACGAGUCCGGCCGGACGAUGCUUCACAUCAGUGUCACGAACAGCGACGCCGAGAUGGUGCAGUGGUUGCUGAGCCGCGGCGGCGUGGACGUGACCGCCAAGGACAACGACCAGAGCACGGCUCUCCACCAAGCCUCUCGGCUAGGCAGCGGCACGAUCGCACAGAUGAUGGUGGAACAGGCAGCCGGCCGGACCCUGCUGCAGGCCCGGGACAAGUACGGCUCGACGCCCUUUGUCAUUGCCGGCCGUGAGGACGGGCGCGAGGCCGUGCUGCGAACGAUGGCUGAGCAUGGAGCCCGGAUGGAUGCCCGGGAAGAAGCCGGCCAAGGGGCGCUCGAAUACGCUGCACUCAUGGGCCACCUCGAAGCCGUGCGCUUUCUGGUCGGCAGAGACGUCACGGCACGGCACCGCGAUGGCUUCAAACGCACAGCGCUGCACUAUGCGGCGUGGUGCAAGAAUACCCACAGCAUGGCCAUUGCUGUCCUGCUGCUGGCACAUGAUGCUGCCGUCAACGCGGCCGACAAGGACGGCUGGACCGCUCUGCAUUACGCAUGUUGCGUUCAGAAGGAGGAGAUGGUGGCCUUGUUGCUGGCCAGCGGCGCUGAUGCGACACGAGAGGACCGCUUGGGCCGGACGGCCAGAUCGUACCAAGAGGGGGAGAUCGAGAUCAAUUUCUGGACAAGAGCACUUCCGCCGCCGUAUCCACCCAUGGAUAUAUUUGCUGACUCAUUCUAG